AUGACCUCUUUUAAAGAGAAAGCACACGAACUCUUGGCUUCAAUCCCUACUGGGCCGUGUGAAUGGCCUAAAGUGGUCGUAUGCGACUCUAUCGUUUCUUCCAAGUUAGGCAUGCAGGCUAAUCCCAUAGGUUUCGGAGAUGAUCUUGCUCUAUUGAGCUCCGCUUCCAAUCCCACCGUGAUCCAUGUUGACGAGGGUUGGUGCCGUGAUGAGACAAACCAGCUUAGUUCCGAUGCCGACACUGAGAUCAUGGCUAUACCGGAAUUCUGGGCGUUGACUGGUGGAAACUUCACCGUUCCUGUAUAUAAAGGUGAAGCGGUUCCAACUAGAUCGCCAGUCUGCGAGGAUCGAGAAGACCUUCGAUCGUUCGAGCAAUCAACCCCGAACUGCUUUCACCUGGAUGGCAAAGCACCGAAAGUGACCGUAUUUGGCAGGGUAUCUAACUCACGAGGGGACUGCAUCUCAUCAUAA